GCGAGGUGCGGGGGCGCCGUGCGGGUCCCGGGGUGGCAGCCCGCCGUGCGGGAGCGUCCGGGGAGCCGGGGCGGGGCCGGCGGGGCCACGUGACUCGCCGCCGCGGGGCCGCAGCCCAGAAAUAGCCGCGGCGACAGCUCCGCCCCGGGCGGCGCGAGCGGGAGCCGAGACGGGAGGACGCCGGCGGGCGGGCGGGCGGCGCGGAGGAUGCCUGUGCGCCCCGGCCCGGCCCGGCCCCGAGCACAUGAUGGCGAUACGCGAGCUCAAAGUGUGCCUUCUCGGGGACACCGGGGUUGGGAAAUCGAGCAUUGUGUGUCGAUUUGUCCAGGACCACUUUGAUCACAACAUCAGCCCUACCAUUGGGGCAUCUUUUAUGACCAAAACUGUGCCUUGUGGAAAUGAACUUCACAAAUUCCUCAUCUGGGACACUGCUGGUCAGGAACGGUUUCAUUCACUGGCUCCCAUGUACUACCGAGGGUCUGCUGCAGCAGUUAUAGUGUACGAUAUCACCAAGCAGGAUUCAUUUCAUACCUUGAAGAAAUGGGUUAAAGAGCUGAAAGAACAUGGUCCAGAAAACAUUGUGAUGGCUAUUGCUGGGAACAAAUGCGAUCUCUCUGAUAUCAGAGAAGUUCCCCUGAAGGAUGCUAAAGAAUAUGCUGAAUCCAUAGGUGCCCUUGUGGUUGAAACAAGUGCAAAAAAUGCCAUUAAUAUUGAAGAGCUCUUUCAAGGAAUCAGCCGCCGGAUCCCACCUUUGGACCCUCAUGAAAAUGGAAACAGUGGAGCAAUCAAAGUUGGGAAGGGGAGCACGCAAGCCAGCCGGCGGUGCUGCUAACCCAGGGGCCGUGGUCUGCAGUCCCUGAAGAAGCCAGAGCCCACGUCCCCAUGUACUGCUGAAGGACCCCAUGCUCAGGGGCCUGACACCUCACUUAGAGAAGAGCGAGCACACUGGCUUUGAAUCCUGGAACAUCUCCACAGAGCAGGGUGGGAAAUGUCCUCAAAAGAGGAGUUCAGAAAACUCUGGAAAAACCCACCAUAGCACCACAGAAUGGCCUUUAGUGUAUGAGAUGCACAUAGGCGGGGUUAUACUUAUUAGGUAAUAAGUAUAGUUGCAUUUUGUUUUUGUUAAAAACCUUGAAACAUUCUCGGGUUUGUACAAAAGUCUUGCUGCCUUGUCACAGGCAUGGGGUUCCAAAGGGGUGUCCCGCUUGCGUCCCUGGUGUUCCCCAGCCAAAUUUCAGUUACUUUUUCAGUGCCAUGGCCUUUAUUCCCUCCUUCACUGGAGGGAAAUUUAAUUUAGAAGGUUAGUUUCUAGCUAGGUUUGAAGUAAGCCUUUAUUUAUUACUUUCUAAAGGAAAUCAGGAGUGUAAUUGGACCAUCGCUCAGAGACGUGAGUUAUUAUAAAGGGGGAGAGAGAUGUGUUAGAAACUGUUGUCUACAUCUCUUUUAAUUGGUAAAUAUUUUUCUAAGUUUUGGCCAUAUGAAAACAAACCAAAUUUGACCAAAUAAAAUGUUGCAUAUAAUUCUGGGAUUGGGAAGCCUAGUUUGAAAGAGGCAUUUAAGUAAUGACUAUGUAAGUGGUGAUAGAUGGAGGAUUUAAAUAUUAUUCAGGAGACCACCUGACAUGCCUCACCUCCAUAGUAAUAAAUUCUUACUCUCUUAGAUAAGUGUAUGCAUUUAGUAUUAUUUUACUAAGAGACUAUGUCCUGGUGUCAUAUAUAGGGAAGAAGAUUAGCUGGAAUUAAAUUUAAUGUUUGAGUCUAAAUCAUAAGGCAAACUUCUAAUAAUAGCAAUUAAUAGUAAGUUAUAGGAAAACCAGCCAGGGGAAGCAUUAGCACCUUGAAAUUCUACACCUCCAAACUACAAAAUCAGAGAAAGCAUUUUAAACAUUGCCAUGCUUGGGGAAUAGGGUAUUAGGGCUAAUCAGAGGUCUGAGCCUGGAGUGCCAGUGAACUGAGAAUAGGCACCAAUGGAAACCUUGCUUUUCAGAUUCUCUGAAUCCAAAGGAGGUAGAAAGAAAAACAUGGAAGGGAAGAAAAGCGAUUUCCAUUGAAAAUUCAAAUCCUAUUACCAUUCUAACAUUCAUAUAAACUUGGAAUCAGGAAGCAGUUGGUCUCCUGUCAGGGCCCAUACUGGGAAGUAAUUCUUAAUCUUUUGUGAUCCAAUUUUUCUGCCACCCAAAUACUCCCUAGCUCCUAUUUAUUUUGGGCAGGAAAGAGGUUGAUGUAUUAUUUGUAAUUAUCCUACAGUUUUGUUUUUUUUUUUUGUAGAGACAGAGUCUCACUUUAUGGCCCUCGAUAGAGUGCCAUGGCAUCACACAGCUCACAGCAACCUCCAACUCCUGGGCUUAAGGGAUUCUCUUGCCUCAGCCUCCCGAGUAGCUGGGACUAGCCCGCCACAACGCCCAGAUAUAUAUUUUUUUUUUUUGGUUUGUAGUUCAGCCGGGGCUGGGUUUGAACCCGCCACCCUCAGUAUAUGGGGCCAGCACCUUACCGACGGAGCCACAGGCAUCCCCUAUCCUACAGUUUUAAAAUAGAAAAACAUAAAUAUGAACUCACCUGAUGAUUUUAUUAUCCAUUUUCAGUUACAUAAUUAUUUUUAUUUUUGUUUAUAAAUAAAAACAAUCAUUAUGUUGGACAAGGUCUGACACAGGAUCAGAAAUAGUUAAAGGGUAUUAGGAUCAAUGCUCAGAAAUGGCUGAUCAGCAGCGUGUGAACAAGGUCUGGCUGGUACUCCCUUUGCCACAAACAUUCAAGGGACAACAACCUUUACCACAAUCUACAAAGUGAAAGACAGAAAAGAGCUCCUAAGCUGGGGCUGUGGAGUCCUGUUGUGACUGUGCCCACCAGGCUCUUGACAGGCAAAGAGUCAGGGUCUGGAGGAACCAGGGCCAAGCUUACACUUUCUUUACAUUGACUGUGAUCAAGGAAACAGGGCCAGGCUGAAAUCACAGAUCCAUUUCUUCCAACUCAAAAAUGUUGCUGUCAAAUUGAUGUGCUUACUGCUUCUCCGAACUCAUGAGAGUUGAUUGACAAUUUUAGAAUGUGAAGGCUGGAAAAACUUUAGUUUCAAGAGUUCCAUGAGGCUGUCCCAGACAGAUACCUGAAAAACUGCUAGCAAGCAACAUUUGGAUGUCCUAGCAGGACCUUUGCAAGGAUUUUUAGGUUUUUUUCCCACCUUGCCCCCAUUAUUGGCCUGACAUGAUUCUGCUUGCAGGCCAAGAAAUUAUACCUCUUGCCAAAGGUAAAAAAAAAUUGAGUUGAAAAUUGAAGUGACCGCUGUCCAGGUUACAUGUAGACUUAUUUUUUAACCUUUCCUCUUCCAGCUUUCCCUGAGAACCAGGGUUUAUCUCUAAACUGCUGCUCAGGUUUCCUAGCUAAAAUGCUAAGCACCCUGCAGAGAGGAUCCCCACCCCCCCAACUGGGUUUGCAGGGGUUGUACUUUGCAUAAAAUGUCUAGUCUUAACAAUGUGUAGUGAGCUACCUACUAACAAGCCCUCAUUUCAGAAGCACAGCAGGGUGUGAAGCUACUCUUUUUCCCUUUCAGUAUUGCCAGUAUUCAAGCCAGUCAGAGGACAAAAAAUACAUGAAUGUAUUAUCACCACUCACAGCAAAUCAGCAAGGAGGCUAGAUCCCACUUGAGCAUGCAAGUACUAACACAGACAUUGAGUCUUCUCUCAAGAUAGAUGCUCAGGCCUUGUCCACAAUGAGGUUUUCCUACUUUGCUUUAUUUUUAGCUUGGAAUUCGUGGCUGUUCUAAUAAUUGAACCAUAACCACGUCCUAUUAUGUAAAGACCUGGAAAUGUCAAGUAGUUUCCUGUGAUGUAGCACCCUUACCAUCCUUUCCUCACAUUUGCCCCUUCUCCCUGUUCUCUUUCACGUAUGUACAUGUGUAAAUAUGACUGUAUAGUUGUUGUGCUGGCACGUAAUCCAUUUCAUUGGCUGAGUUUGGCUCUUGGCUGUGUGUUAUAUAAGUAGGCAUGGAUUCUUGGACGGAUGAUUUCCCAGUGGUAAUCUCUAAGAAUGGAAUUGUGCAAACAUCUUAUGUACAUACGUACAUAAUUGACUUGCCGUGUUAUGGUUAAAAACGGUACAUUAAGGUGCUGAAUAUGACGUUACCUUGCAGACCGAAAGGUUGAAGAUCUACCUAAGUUAGAAGAUCUAAGUUAGAUCUAAAACUAACUUUUACGCAGCUAGAAGGGCUGUGCCCCUGUGAAAACUGAGUUCAUUUUCUGAGGGACAUUUGGACAACUGAAAUAUUUCUUUUAUAAUCAAGGACUUUGGCGUGUAAUGGCAGAAAUUGAGCUUUUUUUUUUUUUAAUUUUUUUGUUUGUUUUUUGGUGGGUUCCACUUCUCACUGCUCUGCGAGGCUCUUGGCAAGUCCAGGGAUGAGCUAGCGUAGGAACUCAAGGGCUCCUAGCUGCAUUCAGACCUAUUAGGUGUCAAGUUUACUUUUCUACCAUCAUUGUGGAAGUCACACCCAGUAAUCCCGUGGUGCUGCUCCGUUGUGCAAACUGUUCCCUUUUCUCCUGUUUUUGUAAAGGGCUUCCGUCUGGGCUGGACCCAGUUCUUGCACAUCAAAGACACUGCUGCAGACAGCUAGAACCUUCCCACCUUGUAUUCACCCUGUAGGAAAGCAUUUCUCCCAGCAAUGCCCAAUUGUAUCUGUUAUUUUUGAUUUAACACACACUGAUUCAUACUAAUAAAUAUUUUAAACUCUA